CAUUAACCCCACCUCCAGACGCUCCCACCCACUGCGUUCUGACCUGUCGCCUGGGCUUCCUCCCUUCGCCGUUCUUGCUUUUCGCUCGUUUCUUCUUCUCUUUCAUUUCUCCUAAAAAAUCUUAAUCCUAGAUCAUCACCCUUAUUCAUUCCCUCUCAGAUUGCCCUCCUUGCCUCAUAUUUCGAGCUCCCAGAUCGAAAGUCAGCCCUUCAAUCGCGCUCAAAACGACCCGUUCAUGGCCGAAAAACUUUGAUUCUCGUCAGGGUUAGCGUUUUUGAGAUGUCGGUUGCAGAGCUGAAGGAGCGGCACAUUGCCGCCACGGCGACAGUGAACUCUCUCAGAGAGCGGCUGAGAGAGAGGCGCCUUCUCCUUUUGGACACAGACAUUGCGGGUUAUGCGAGGGCUCAUGGAAGAACGCCAGUGACCUUCGGCCCUACGGACCUGGUUUGCUGUAGGACUUUGCAGGGGCAUACCGGAAAGGUUUACUCAUUGGAUUGGACUCUUGAAAAGAACCGAAUUGUCAGCGCAUCUCAAGAUGGGAGAUUAAUUGUAUGGAAUGCUCUAACAAGCCAGAAAACACACGCAAUAAAACUACCUUGUGCAUGGGUCAUGACAUGCGCCUUUUCUCCCAAUGGCCAGUCCGUUGCCUGUGGUGGCCUUGAUAGUGCAUGCUCUAUUUUCAAUCUUAAUUCCCCAGUUGACAGGGAUGGGAACCUUCAAAUUUCAAGAAUGCUGAGUGGGCACAAGGGCUAUGUAUCGUCAUGUCAAUAUGUUCCGGAUGAGGAAACUCGCCUAAUUACUAGCUCUGGCGAUCAGACAUGUGUUUUAUGGGAUGUUACUACAGGCCAGAGGAUUUCUGUUUUUGGAGGUGAAUUUCCAUCAGGGCACACUGCUGAUGUAUUGAGUGUUUCGAUCAACAGCUCCAACUCAAAGAUGUUCGUCUCUGGUUCCUGCGAUACAACUGCUCGAUUGUGGGACACUCGCAUUGCGAGUCGAGCAGUUCAAACAUACCAUGGCCAUGAAGGAGAUGUUAACACUGUCAAGUUCUUUCCAGAUGGGCAGAGAUUUGGAACUGGUUCAGAUGAUGGUACAUGCAGGUUAUUUGACAUGAGGACUGGUCACCAGCUUCAAAACUACUAUCAGCAGCAUGGUGAUAAUGAUGUCCCUACCGUGACCUCCAUUGCUUUCUCCAUAUCGGGCAGGCUUCUGUUUGUUGGGUACUCAAAUGGUGACUGUUAUGUAUGGGACACCUUAGUGGCUCAGGUAGUUCUGAACUUAGGAUCGCUACAGAACUCGCAUGAGGGUCGAAUAUCCUGUUUGGGAUUGUCAUCUGAUGGAAGUGCGCUGUGUACAGGAAGUUAUGACAGGAACCUGAAGAUUUGGGCGUUUGGAGGACACAGGAGGGUGAUUUGAAAUUUCCUCCUCAAAAGAAGAGGCCUCCACCAUCCUGAUGUAACGCUUGGUGUGAACUCUCGUGUCUAUGGUUUGUUUCCAUUCCCAUGAAGACGUUGUGUGCUCUUGUAAUGAGAUAAUUCGUCCCUGUAAGAAAAUUAUUCAAGUUCAUCUCAGUCAGAUUUUCCAAGUCAAGGAGAAGCCUAUGAUGCA